AUGUCCAAGCGCAUUCGUAUCCUCACGUCUGAGGACGUCGCUGCCCACAGCACGGCUGAGAGCUGCUGGGUCACCCGCAACGGCAAGGUCUACGACGUGACCAACUUUCUUGCGGACCACCCUGGCGGAGACGACCUUAUCCUCAAUUAUGCCGGGAAGGACGUAGAGGAGAUCAUGCGCGACCCGUUGGAGCAUGACCACUCGGAUUCUGCGUACGACAUGUUGGACGAGUGCUUCAUUGGGAGGUUGGGCACCCCCGAGAUGAUCGUGAGCGAAGACUGGGUUCCGGAUGAGGACUUCCAUCCGGAGGACACGGACGUUGCUGCCGACUUUGAGAAGAACGAAUUCCUCGACCUCCGCAAGCCGCUGUUCCUCCAGGUCUGGCAGGCCAACUGGUCCAAGUCCUACUACCUGCAGCAGUCGCCGCGUCUCUUCGGGCCCGGCUACCUCGAAGUCUUCACUCGGACGUCGUGGUAUGUCGUGCCCAUGGUCUGGCUGCCCAUUGCAGGCUACAUGUUCGUCCGCUCGCUGGUCCAGUACACACUCGGUGGCAACUCCCUGCCGCUCUUCACCCAAAACCCUGCGGCGCCGCUGAAGGUUUUCAUGGCGAUUCAUAUCCCUACCUCCGCGGUCGUGAAGACUACGAUGUGCUUCUUCCUCGGCAACUUUGUGUGGACCAUCCUGGAGUACGUGUUCCACCGCUUCCUCUUCCACAUCGACAAGUUGCUGCCCGACAACCCUGCCGGAAUCACGCUGCAUUUCCUUACGCACGGCAUCCACCAUUACUUGCCCAUGGACCGCCUGCGGCUUGUCAUGCCUCCUGUGCUCUUCUCAGUGCUGUCGUUCCCCAUGACACAGCUUGCGCAUGCACUGUUCCCACCGGCUAUGGCCAAUGGUGUUAUUGCCGGCGCGUUCGUCUUCUACGUGCUGUACGACUGCAUGCACUACGCGCUGCACCACACGAAGCUCCCCACGUACGUCCGUGAGAUGAAGAAGUACCACCUCGCGCACCACUACAAGAACUUCGAGCUCGGCUUCGGUGUGACGAGCAAGAUGUGGGACUACGUGUUCAACACCGUUCUUCCCAUGUAA